AUGACCGAAUUCGUCGAGAUGAUUCUCGCUCAGCUGAUUGGCAACAUCGCGACUGCACUAAUCCUCGUGCUCAUUUACUUCAACUUUUUACUGUUUGAGAACUACUUGCGGCUCAUUGUAUGGGCCAUUCUGUGCAGUCAAGCGCUGCGUCAGGCUAAGAACAACGUCAUCUCGGUGCUGCAGUAUCUCAGUAACGACGCUGACAUUAACCGCUACGGAUUCCUUACGUGUGUCUUCUCCAAGUCGGCCGAGAUCUUUAUCAGUCACCCACACGACCGAUCACGUCGCACAGCAAAGGAGUUGUUUUUGAACUACGGGAUCUUUCUGUUCUCACUCAUUGGCGCCGUCUCCAUCUGGAUGCGGAUGUACUCGUGGGUGUCAUUUUUGAAUGUCAUCAUUGGCUUCUCGAUUGCGGCACUGAGUCUGAUGAAGCUUCUGGAUCGACGGAUAUUUUACUAUCGCUACUUCUUCUCGGACGAAGUACUCGUGUCAGUACUGCUUAUCCUCGGGUUUUUCAUCACGGGGGCGUUUGUCAUUUUGUUUCUCGGUACAGAAAGCUACCUUGAAGGAAGCCGCGCAGCUACCAACUUGUCCGAGUGGGUGCAGGACAACUUUAUCAAUGAUGAGCGUACGCGACAGGUGUGGAGUGAACAGGUUGAGAACAGCCGUGCGAUGAUCUCGCAAGCCAUUUGUGGCAUCGAAGAUAACUUCAACGAUACCAUGUGGUGGCCACCGCUCAAGAGUCUGGUCAAGACGUACUACUUGGACGCGAAGACCAGUGACGGGAACUCAACUUCUCACGCUUCGCUCUUCUCCAGUCUGAGGCUUCCUGAAAACAUGACAUUUGUGCAAGUAGCGACUUUUGCAUACUCGAAGGUGGAAUCGGUAAAUUUGACGUCAGUGCAGCUCACGGACUUGACGUCAAAGGGAUUGGAGGUGAGCAGCAUCGCCGUUGGGUCGGUGACGCAGCUUGUAUUUCUUGCGUUCACACUGGUGAUUGCGUUUGUAAGCCUCGGUGUUCGGUCAGUUUUCUUCAUCACGUCGCUGUUCUAUCUAUUGUGCACAAAUUGGGACCCCAUCGAGAGAUUCGUUCAAGAUCUGCUCCCGACACAAGUCGACAAACGACCAGAAGUUGUCCGGUCGCUGCGAAAGGUGAUCGAGGGUGUUUUCUUUUUGCCGCUGAAAAUGGCGAGCCUUCAUGCGAUUGUGACGAUGAUCUCCUUCACGAUAGUGAAUGCGGACUUCAUGUACCUCGCUACGACGGUCACCUUUUUCAUUUCGAUUGUGCCAAUCAUUUCUCCAUUUCUGGUUUGCGUGCCCUGGGUCAUCUCGAUUGGGCUCACGUCUUCGAUUGUGAAAGCAUUGGCUCUUUUUGCAGUUCAGUACUUGGCGUUUACUGUCCUGGAUGAAAUGCUGUACGAAAAGAGCAUCGUGACGGUCAAUUCUUACGUCUCGGCAUUGAGUGCAGUGUUCGGUGUAUAUGUGUUUGGAUUUGAGGGCGUCAUUUUUGGGCCGUUAAUUGUGUGUGGGGUGACGUUUGCAUACGACGUGUCCAACCACGGUAUCCAAGCUGCACAAGAUGAAGGCGGUAAAUCUGAGGAAGCCAAACACGAUGAUUCGUUAGGUGGCAGUGAUGGGGAAGGGUCGCAUAGCACGACGUCUUCUCUCGACAGUGAUGACCACGAGAAGCACAAGAAACCGAACGAUCAUUACGAGGAGAAUGCCGACGAAGAGGUGAAUACCAACAUUUUUUCAAAUGCGGUUUACCGUGUUAUUUCAGGACCGUUGGUGGAUCGUGUUCGCCGCCGUCUAUCGAUCGAUGUCGCCACAGAAGGGUCUGUGUGCGUGACUUUGAUUGUUGAGGGUCUGAAACGCAUUCGGAAAGUCCGUUUUGUGGUGAACAAGUCGUGGACACAAUCAGCGCUUUUCGAUAACAUUUGUCGAAUGCUGCGUGUCCAUAGCGUCGAGCGCAUCAGCACGGAAGAUGACAUUGAGGUGUUGUCCCCGCUUCAUAUCAAGGCCGAUGAAGUACUGCAUGUGAAAGUGCGAUCGAAGCGUCGACUACACAUGUAUUCGGACCCUCAGGCAGAAUCGCGGGGGCGACUGUCAUUUUCUGUUCACACUCCAUCUGCGUCUCACAACGGGAGUCGGACUAGCACCCUCUCGCAUUCACAGCCGGGCUCUCGUGAUGGACCGACAACAGUAAGCAGUGGCAAACUUUCUCGGGCAAAGCUGAAGCGAAUCGGAUCCUUGAGCGCAACAGUUGGGAACACGCAUAGCGCCAGAGCAGUACAACGUCAAGUCCGUGAACAUGUGCAGCACAAAAAUGAAGACGUGGGCGUUCAAGUCGAAGAGGGCAUGAAGAGGAGAGGAAGCUACGGUGAAAUGAUUCCGUCAACUCGAGGAGACGUCACUCCAUGUGUACCAGCUCGAAGAUCCACGAGCAGCUCGCCAUCUCGUGGAAAUGUCGCUCACCAGUCAAUCUUCAGUCCCCUGCUCGCCCCUCGCUUGUCUCCAUCAACAUCGUCGUUGGCGUAUGGUGACGAGUUGGUACUGUCUCAUGACGAUGUUCUAUCUGGAGAAGCUAACAUGUCCCCACGCGAAGGCAUGGAUGACACCGACGUCUUUGCUGAGAUAAGUUGCAAAGCUGCUUUGGCUUCUCCCGCGGCCAUAGAUUCUGCAGAAGAAAGGAGGUCGAAGCUAGUCAUGGAAGGCUUGACCGACUCCGUGAGCUUUCCACCAUUCCCUGCCUCGCGUGAUGCUAGCAAUCUGCAUGCUGGCCUGGAUAACAACGUUGACGAUGCCGUGGACGAGGCAGCAAGUGGUACAGCAUCGAACGUAAAACCGCUGAUUCGGGCUGAGCGCAAGGACUUAUUGAAGGUCCACCUAGGCGCAACGCUGAUCGUGUCUCCGCUCGCAGUUGGCUCGAACAAGGUGCGCACCGGAAUUUACUCCUCGUCAGAAGAAGAUGAAAAGUGA